UAGGGGUCAAAAUUAUCACUUUUUUGACACCUCCCACUUAAUUUUCUCAGCUUUCUUUUUGUGUUUUUGGAUAUUACAAAUCAGAGCGCCAACUGUAAUUUUCUCCCUAAUGUCGUCGCCGUCGGAAAUUCAGCGUCAGAACAAGCGAAAAUUGGAAGAGGAGAUUGCAAGUGUGAAGGAGAAGGAAAAAGAAGAUUCACAUGAGAAUGAGGUGAGUGAUGAAGGCUACUUUUCUGAUGACUAUAUGGUUACCUAUGCUGGUGGUCUCAAAAUGGAACAUGAAAAUCGAGAAGAGUAUCUCAGGCAGAUCAACGAGAGCGAAGGUUUUGAUAUCACUCUGGAUUUGACAUUGGGUAAAACUCUUGACGGACCAGUUGUUCCAUUGUGGAACGACGACAUGAACGACACCGACAUUAUUGAUUUUACACACAUGGCAAUUGAAAGAUUCAAUUCAGAGAAUGCUCAAAAUUACGUACUUCUGAAAAUUGUGAGCGUGAACGCAGCCGUUUCAGGAGGGAUUAAAUAUUAUAUCACCUUUAAUGCCAAGGAUGCUAACAAUGCUGAUGACGCUGUAAAGACAUUUCAAGCAUUGGCAUGGUCGGGAAUGAAUGGAGCCAACUAUGUGAUAUUCUGUAGGCUUAAGAAGAUAUCAUCCAGCCAUCAAGGUGAUAAGACGUCUCUCGAUUCCACUGAUUCCGAUGUUGAAAUGGCUGAAUGGGGACAAACUCGAAUCACUCCAAGUGGGAGUUCUGGAUGUCGAGCAAAGAGACAAGGUAGAAGAGUACAUCACCGAAGGGCAUGUUUUGGAGGUCGCGAGAUCAUUCGAAAUGGUGUCCCCAGGGAGCCACAAAAUUUGUUACGAAAUGAAAGGACUAUACGAAGGGAAAGAGAAAAGAAGUUAAAAGAGUUCAAGUCUUUUAAGAUGUCACCUAAUGUCUCAGUUGCUAGUUUUAUUCAGUUAUUUGAAUUGAAACAUGUAGAACUAGAAAACUAUGUAGACAUCUCGGAUUGGAAAGCAUUAGCUAUUUUAGCAAAUUCUCUCCAUGAACCUUGGGGCGGGAGAUUAAUUGAUGUUUACCAUGAGAUUUGGUCUAGCGAGCCUUUUUGGAUGUACAUAAGUCGUCUAGAAUAUUUGUGGUAUGACUUUUAUCUUUAGAUUGACUUGUUACUUGCAACAUGUAGUUAUUUCUUAACUUUAUGUUAUAUAUAAAUUAAGUUGGUUAUCUCUUUUUGAA